UUUUAGUAAUAUUAAGACGGUGGUUUUGAUUAUUAUUUUAAAUGAUGAAAUGUUGUUUUGAUAAAUAUCACAAAAUGAAGGGUAGACUACGUAACGCCACAGUAUAAAAUGGCGGUACGUGGACAGAGUCGUGGCAUUCCGUGUCAGACAGUCAUUCCGUCCGUCUCAGUCAGUCGGUCUGUCGGUAUGUGCAACGAAACUGUCGGUUUAUCCUGUCAUUGUGAAAGUUGUGUGUGUUGAGUUUCAAUAAUUGUUAUUCAAAAAGUUUUAUUAACUAAACUGAGUUCAAUCGAAUACGAGUGAUGACGAACCUACCGCUCAGCCAUCCCUGACGUGUGCUGACAUCAGAAGUGAGAUCAGGACUCUACUCUCACUGGCGUGACGUGUUUGAACAUGUUCGAAGUACAGCAAAAAAAAACAUGAUGCAGAUCAGAAUACUAGUAGUGGUACGCCACAAGAGCGUGAAUGCGGCAUACGUAAGUCGUGUAAUAACCUCUCUGUUACCUCGAUGGAAGAUCUGAGCCACGAAGAAAUCGUCACAUCUUACGUUCUGGCUCAUGUUGCCCAGUUUGACUGUCGACUUCAUCACAUGGCAUUUACUAGCGGAAAUACAACACGUAUCAAGCUAUUGCAAGAAAUUAAGGCAAGUGCAAAUCUCAAGUGAAACUUCGAUCGCAAUAAUGGAUCUGUCAUGACGAGUGGGUAGUUCCGACAAGAAUUAUUUUAAGCGGCUGACUUCUGCUAGAGUUACAUGGCACUAGUGCAGUAAACCAGGACAUGAGACUGUGAAUUGUCGCUGAAAUUUUAGAAUCUACUAGAUUCUAUACCAAUAACACUACACGUUCGAUGACUUCGGGCUCAAGCAAGCAAGCAAACAAGAAAGCAAGCAAGUUUCCGUGGGGAAGAAAAAUUGACACAUCUGAAGUCGUCGUGACCUGUAAGAUAAGACGUCCGGUGCGUUCGUGUCUGGUGAUGCGGCGGUGUUCGGGUUCCGCUGGCGGAUGCAGGUUUUUCCGGUGAAGUGCGUGCUUGACAAGUGUUCGCGGUUGGCUUCCUCAGUGUGGGAGUAACAUCGUGUAGGAGAGGUGGAACCCGUAAAAUUGUAGUUUGCGUGGUGGCUGGUAAGAUUUGUUGCGGUAAGAAGUUUGCAUGGUGGUAAAAUGUCUUGUGAGUCUGCACAGGUAGCCGGAGGUGAGACUUCCGCGGUCGCGGCCCACCCAGUCUGCGAGAACCGGGCAGAUCGCCUCGACGGUACGGAGGCCGGCCGACGGGUCCGCCAAACGACGAGACCACGCCUCCAGCACGGACUGCCGAGAUUGGAGCCCCCGCGCUCCGGCUGCACUUGCGCUAGGGCGCGCCGCCUCGUAGGAGACUGUGAGGUUAACCAUCACACGAGGACGUGUACAAUCAGGAAGGCCGUGUCGCAUUCGACACGUGAUUGCUGCAGCCAAUACGAGAUAUGGGACGCGAACGCCGUCUGUCGGCGCUCGAUGGGUCAACUAUUCACCGGCCGAGCGGAGCAACGUGCCGGUAGCUGCGUAACAUCGGGCAAUUUUGGUAAAUAAGAACAAUCUGGUGAGUCGUAUUAUUUUUAUUUGGAAUCUGGUGCCGAAUGCUUUCUUGUCAAGAAAUCUAUUAGUAGUAACUUCAUAAUUCAGCAAUUUUAUACGAUGGUUCUCAUAAAAGGUUUCUGUUGUUUUGACCCAAAACUGUACGGAACAAAUCCG